AGUCUUUUGGCUAAAGAAGCAAAAGAUAUGUCCAGCUCAGAUGAUGAAAAACUAUCCCAGAUGAUCAGAGACUACAUUGAGUUGGAUCCAUCAUCUCCUAUUUCCUCUUCAAAAUCCCUCCAAGUCGAUCAAAAGUCAUCGUUCAUGUAUUUACAGGAAAUUCUUGAGCGUGUAACUGUUGCCGAGUCUGAAAUUCUUAGAAAAAUCUUUUUGUACUGGAAAGAUUUAGAGCCCAGCAAGCUAAGAAAAUGGGUUGUAAUGAAUUUGGGAAAGGACUAUUACGACGCUAGUCUUUGUAGGACUUCUUGGGUCACAAAAUUUAAUCGCUCUUCAGGUGAAUACGAGUACAUUGAUGUGAUGAUGAAGAAUGAUGCUACAAGUGAUGGUGCUGUGAGAUUGAUUGUAGACAUUGAUUUUAGGUCUCAGUUUGAGCUGGCAAGGCCUACACCAGAAUAUGAAGAGCUCUCAAAUUCUCUGCCUUCAAUUUUUGUUGGGACAGAAUUAAAACUUGAAAAGAUCAUCUCUUUGGUUUGUUCAGCUGCAAAAGAGUCUUUAAGAGAAAGGGGUCUUCACGUUCCUCCAUGGAGAAAAGCUCGUUACAUGCACUCCAAGUGGCUCUCUGAAAAUUGCAAAAAGAUCUCAUUCCCAGAGCUUGGGACAAUCUAAUUUGGCAAUUUUUUUUGUGGGUUUGCCAAAUUUAGCAAAAGGAAUCUGCAGCUAUGAAGGAUUGCUCAUUUAGGGGAGAAAAAGUGGUCCUUUUUGGGCGUCCAUACAUUUUGUUUGAGUUUUGUAGACUCCCAAACUGUUUUGGCUACAAAUGCGGAUAAGUUUUUUGUUUAUCUAAGGCUCCGUUUGGAUUAGCUAUUUUUGGGGUUGUUUUUCAAAAACAGCACUGUAGC